GAGACAAGAUAGAGCGAGAUCCCUCCUCCCUCUUCUCUCCCCUUCCUUUGUCUCCAAGCUAAUGUCGGGGAUGAAACUUGCUGAUUUUGACCGGGAUGUGGGCUGCUGCAGUUGCCUUGGGUUUCUCAGAAAGUCUGAUAGUGAUAUGGAUCGCUUCCUUGAGGAUGAGUUUGCUUAUGAACGCAUGCUGAGUAGUGGCAAUGGAUAUCAUUCUGAGGACUAUGAGAAGGCUUUUCAUUUGCCUGGGAAAGAUAGGGUGAUCUGUAGAGAACACCCUGUGAAGGAAACAACAGUUCUAGUGCGAAGUGAGAAUGCAGAUGGCCACAGAAUGGUCAAUGAAUAUGUUCGGGAGUGCAAUAUCGGCCAUGGAAGCUAUGGCAAAGUGGUUUUGUACCAGAGUAAUAGUGAUGGAAAGCAAUAUGCAAUUAAGUGCAGGCAUUUUACAAGUCUCGAUUGGCAAAAGUACGAGUUUCAUCUUUUGAAACAGCUCUUACAGAUGUGCGGAGGGAGGUUAGAGCUUCUGGUUUCAAUUUUGAAGACAUUGCAGCACCCUAAUAUCGUUAAUCUUGUUGAGGUGAUUGAUGACCCUGAUUCAGAUCACUUUUACAUGGUUUUAGAGUAUGUAGAAGGCAAGUUGGUAUAUGAUGCUUCUGGAAUGUGUGAUGGGAUUGAGGAAGAUACUGCCAGGAGGUACCUGAGGGACAUAAUUUCUGGGCUUAUGUAUCUGCAUGCUCAUGAUAUCGUGCACGGGGAUAUAAAACCAGAAAAUAUUUUGGUCACAGGAAAUGGAACAGCGAAGAUAUGUGAUUUUAGUGUGAGCCAUGCUUUUGGGGAUGGUAAUGAUGAACUGCGAAGAUCUCCCGGGACUCCUGUUUUUACAGCACCUGAAUGUUGUUUUGGUUCAAGCUAUCACGGAAAAGCUGCCGAUGUAUGGGCUGUAGGUGUGACAUUAUACUGUAUGAUAUUUGGAAAAUGCCCCUUUAUCGGGGAUUGCUUGCAAGAUACAUAUGAUAAGAUUGUCAACAGUCCUUUGGAACUCCCCGAAGAUAUGGAUUUCGAGCUCAGUGACUUACUUCAAGGACUUCUUUGUAAAGACCCGAAGCGGAGGGUGACCUUAAAUACGGUGGCAGAACAUCCAUGGGUGGUCCGAGAGGACGGUCCCCUGCCUCGCUUUUCAUGUCGAUGCAAAUCCAGAACUAUUGGAGCUAAAACUGAAAUCAUUGUCACUUGAAACACUCUCGAAUCGAUUGACAGGAAUCUUUUGUUCUAAAACCUUUCUCAAUUUUAUUUUUCUGAUUGUCAGAUUCUCCAAAUCCCUUCCCAUGUGCAAUUAAGAAAUGUAAACAGAUAUCUUUAUUUUGGGAGAAAUUGUAAUUGCAGACUUCAUUUCUAAAAUUGAGGUCUGAGCCAUGUUUAAGUUA